AAAAAUCUUUCCACACUCUCAAGUCUCACCCGCCAAUGGAGCCUCACCUUCACCUUCACAACGCCCCAAUCUUCGGCUGGUUAUCAUUUCCCCCAACCUCCACAGUCGCUUCAAUGGCUUCCAUAAACCCCACUCCUUUCUUCAUCUCCUCUUCCCGCUCACGGAAACUUAACCGGACUUCCGACCAGUCCUCCGACGGCCUACAGAGAGAUCCCAAGAAAGGCCUGUCUCGGAUUCUGAGGAAAGAUGCUGCUAUUAGAGCUAUUGAGAGAAAAGCCAAUUCCAAAAAGUACAAUAACCUUUGGCCGAGAGCUGUUCUCGAGGCUCUCGAUGAGGCUAUUCAGGAGAAUCUUUGGGAAACCACUCUUAAGAUUUUUGGCCUACUUCGCCAGCAACAUUGGUAUGAACCAAGAUGCAAAACAUACACAAAAUUGUUGAUGAUGCUGGGUAAGUGCAGGCAACCUGAGCAAGCAAGCUUGCUGUUUCAGAUUAUGUUGUCUGAGGGGUUGAAACCUUCUAUUGAUGUUUACACUGCUCUUGUUAGUGCUUAUGGUCGAAGUGGCCUCCUUCACGAGGCCAUUGAAACAGUUGAUGAAAUGAAAUCCAUUUCUGACUGCAAGCCAGAUGUACAUACAUAUUCAAUUCUCAUUGAUUGUUGCACAAGAUUCCGUCGUCUUGACCUUCUGAAGGACAUACUUGCUGACAUGUCUUAUCUCGGGAUUACAUGUAAUACGGUCACUUACAAUACUAUCAUUAAUGGAUUUGGAAAGGCUAAAAUGUUUGAGCAAAUGGAAAGCUUGUUAUUGGAAAUGAUUGAAAGUGGUAGCUGCCUUCCAGAUUUGAUUACAUUCAAUUCUUUUAUCAGAGCUUAUGGAAAUAGUGAGCAGAUUGAGAAGAUGGAGAAGUGGUAUAAUGAAUUUCAGCUGAUGGGAAUUGAGCCAGAUGAUUGGACAUACAAUACUAUGAUCAGCUCGUACGGGAAAGCUAGAAUGUAUGACAAGAUGGUGUCGGUUUUGAAUUUCAUGGAAAAACGCUUUUUCUCUCCAACAAUUGUUACUAUGAAUACAAUCAUUGAUGUGUUUGGAAGAGCUGGAAAUGUUAAGAGGAUGGAAGAAUACUUCAGAAAAAUGAAACAUCAGGGAAUGAAGCCUAACUCUGUAACUUACUGUUCUCUUGUUAAUGCAUAUGGUAAAGCUGGUAAUAUUGAGAAAGUUGAUUCAAUUUUGAGGCAAAUUGAAAAUUCUGAUGUGGUACUGGAUACCCCUCUUUUUAACUGCCUUAUCAAUGUGUAUGGCCAGGCUGGUGAUGUGAGAAAGAUGGGAGAGUUAUUCUUGGAAAUGAAAGAGAAUAGAUGUGUUCCUGAUAGCAUUACAUUUGCUACAAUGGUUCAUGCCUUAAAGACUCAUGGCAUGACUGAGGCUGCUCAAAGAUUGGAAAAUAAGUUGAUUGUCGGUAGAGACAACAAGAUAAAUUAGUGCUUAUUUAUGAUUUUUGGAAACGCCACGUUCAACAUAGCUCAACGGUUACUACUAAUUUCAAGAGGUUUUAGGUUUGAAUCUUCCUACUCCACAUGUGAUGUAGAUUCAAAAGAUUAGGUUGGCAUGUCACUCAGUUCUCCUGCCACAUGUGAUGUAGAUUCAAAAGAUUAGGUUGGCAUGUCACUCAGUUCUCCUGUCGUAUAUAUGCUUCUUUGGAAACGCCACGUUCUGCCUACACAAGAAAAUCUCUUGCUUUUUUAGUGCCUUUUCCUUCCAGCUGAUUUUAUGUUGUUCUCAUGUACCAAAACUUUUUGAUCCUCUUGCAUCCCUUUUAUAUCCUAUUGGUUUGAUGCAAAGAGGUGGGCCUUAAUAGAAUCUGGCUCGACAAGAAAACUGUAACAUCCCAAGCUUACCGCUUGCAAAUAUUGUCUUCUUUGGGCUUUUUCUUUUGGGCUUCUUCCCAAGAUUUUUAAAACACGUCUCCUAGGGAGAUAUUUCCGCAUCGGUUGGAGAGGAGAACGAAGCAUAAGGGUGCAGAAACCUCUCUCUAGCAGAUGCGUUUUAAAAACCUUGAGGGGAAGCCUAAUAGGGAAAGCCCAAAAAGAACAAUAUUUGCUAGCGGUGAGCUUGGGAUGUUACAAAAACAGUGCCUAACACUUCCCUAGUGCGGAAGAUCCACACUUCUGCCACCCGGGGCAUGGUUACGUUUUUUCAAUGGAUCUCUACCUUCAUUAGAGCAGGCCAUGCUUCUCAAGUCUUCAGGCUCAAGGUAGAUUGCAUAUCGUUCAAAAGUUGUGUCUCGUGACGUGGCAUUGAGUAUCUUUCACUACAAGGAGAGUUUCUUGAUGGUCUCGAGUCUAAAUGAUCGUGUUGACGUGAAAACUGUGUUCUUGACCAUUGACCCCACCCCCCACAAGCUUUAUCUGAAUAUCGCAAAUGAUUUGGCGCUCGAGGAGGAGCUCUACCUCCCUAGCAUAUGGCUUGCAAUUUCUAGAAUUGGACUACAGCUCAACUCUAGAUGCUCCUAUACUGUUCUACCGUGGCCCAUCACCCUAUGCAUAAUCCUCUGGUAUCUUUAACUCUAUGACUGUUACUUUAUACCGUGCCCCAUUACCCUAUUGCAUAAUCUUCUGGUAUUUUCGCUAACGAUCCAAGUUGUGCCAUUCUAAAACGUGUAUGAACAACUUUUUUGUGAGAAGUAUUCGCACUCUUUAUUAACACCAAUUAAGAAAGAUUACAAGACA